GAGGAAGCGGCGGGAGCGGCUGACCAAUCAUAGACCGAUCACUGAUCACCUGACUAAUCACUGACCAAUCACUGACCAAUCACAGAUCGAUCAUGUCCAAACGGAGCAGCCACAAGACUCUGAUCAUCACAGACGAUGAGGAGGUGGUGGAGCAGGAGGAGCUGAACCCAUUCUCCUUCAAAGAGUUUCUACGAUGGAAGAACCAGGACCCGGACCAGGACCAGGACCAGGACCCGGACCAGGACCAGGACCAGGACCAGACACACAUAAAGGAGGAGGAGGAGGACAGGUGGGGGCGGAGCUUCCUGUCAGCGGUGGACAGUACCUCCUCCAUCUGCACAGAGGAGGAGGUGGAGGAGGAGGAGGAGGAGGAGGAGACCAGGUUCUCAUCCAAACCUGAAGGAGCAGCAGGAGGAGAGAACUACGAAGGAGACGAUGAGACCUCCAUGGCUGAGUCUGGCUCCUCCUACAGGAAGAGGAGGAGCCAGAGGAGCAGCCAGGUGCAACAGCUGCAGGAAGAGAACGAGUGUUUGAGGAGAACCGUCAGGGAGCUGCAGAGGAGAACCCAGGAUAAUGAGCGCAGGGUGUCAGAGCUGACAGAGGAGCUGCUGCAGAGGAGGCGCAAGGAGGAGAAGGAGGCGCAGGACCUGGAGAGCAUGGUUCACUCUGUGGAGAAGAACCUUCAGCUGAUGACGAGACGAGCUGUGAAGGCAGAGAGCUGUGUUUCCAGACUGAGGGCGGAGCUUCAGCAGCUACAGGUGGAAGCAGAGUCUCUGCGGUUGGAAAACAACAGGCUAAAAUCAGCUGAGUCUCAGGUCGUCAUGACGAUGAGACAAAACGCUCAGAUGGCGUCUGAAUACCUGAACAAGACGACAAGCCACGCCCACUCCUCCAUUCGUCAGCUGUUAGGUGAAGCCCAGACUCUCCGUUUGGUUUCUCAGUUGCUUCAGUCCAUCGAUAAAAUCUCGACCUGCGACUCUGAAUCCUGAUCAGAAGACGUCUGGACGUGUCUCUGUCCCCUGUCCUCAGACUGACAGACUCUAAAAGUUGUCAUGGAAACAGACCCUGUGAGGUCAGAGGUCACUGUUUAUUUGGGCAAUGAUGACAUCACAGUAGCUGAUUGGUCGGUUUGUUUUUGUUACAACAGGAUUGUAACACACACACACACACACACACUCACACACACACACACACACACACA